GAGGGGGUGUUCCCGGUAUUCCUUUGCUUCCUGCAUUUUGCUGCGUCUCAGUGCUACCAACUAGAAACAAAGAACACUUUAACUUUUAAGUUAUAUGCCGCUUGCAGUAAUACAAAGUUGUGAUCUGAAAUUUAAAAUUGAGUGUCCUCCUUGUUAUGGUAUUGAAGGGUUCAUAGCCUAGGACCCCAGAGUUCUCAAUGAUCCAGGGGCUCCCCAGACACAGCCACUACGAACAGACUGUAUUGAGGGAAAAAUAGGAAGCUGCUCAAACAUCAAACUGUUAACAUUUUGACAUGGUAACUUUGAAAAGUGUGAGGGCUUUUCGGAGGUAAGAAACAGAAUACUGCCCUAGCCACCGUCACUCUGGGGCACAGAGAUGCACUUAUUUCAAGGUGAUCCUGGGAACAGUUUGCAAGGCUUCAGUUGUUCCUGCCAAGGGUCUGGAAGGCUCUCCUUGCAGUUGGACUUGAUUUCUCAGCUACUCCAUUUCGCCAGCAGACUUCUGGGACAAAGACUGUUCGAAAAGCUAAUGAAGAUGACCUUUUAUGGGCAGUUUGUGGCUGGCGAGGACCAGGAGUCCAUUCAACCCAUGAUCCGGCGUAACAGGGCCUUUGGCGUGGGCUCCAUCCUGGACUACGGUGUGGAGGAGGACCUGAGCACAGAGGAGGCGGAGCGCCAAGAGAUGGAGUCCUGCACCUCAGUGGCAGAGAGGGAGGGCGGAGGCCCCAGUAAGAGGGAGAAGCAGUACCAGGCCCACCAGGCCUUUGGAGACCGCAGGGAUGGCGUCGUCAGUGCCCGCACCUACUUCUACACCAACGAAGCCAAGUGUGACGGCCACAUGGAGACGUUCCUGCGCUGCAUUGAGGCUUCAGCUGGAGCCAGCGAUGAUGGCUUCUCGGCCAUUAAGCUCACGGCCCUGGGGAGACCCCAGUUUCUGCUGCAGCUCUCGGACGUGCUGAUCAAGUGGAGACGGUUCUUUCACCAAAUCGCUGCAGAGCAAGGGAAGGCCGGGCUGGCUGCCCUGGACACAAAGCUGGAGGUGGUGGCGCUGCAGGAGAGCAUGGCGAAGAUGGGCAUUGCCUCCAGGAAGGAGAUGGAGGACUGGUUCACCGCAGAGACCCUGGGCGUGUCCAGCACCCUGGACCUGCUGGACUGGAACAGCCUCAUUGACAGCAGGACCGAGCUCUCCAAGCACCUGGUGGUCCCCAACAUGCAGACAGGACAGCUGGAGCCUCUGCUGUCAGGGUUCACUGAGGAGGAGCAGCAGCAGAUGGCGAGGAUGCUGCAGAGAAUGGAUGUCCUGGCCAAGAAAGCCGCCAAGGUGGGGGUGCGGCUGAUGGUGGAUGCUGAGCAGACCUACUUCCAGCCGGCCAUCAGCCGCCUGACGCUGGAGAUGCAGCGCAAGUUCAACGUGGACAAGCCACUCAUCUUCAACACGUACCAGUGCUACCUCAAGGAUGCCUAUGACAAUGUCACCCUGGACGUGGAGCUGGCUCGCCGUGAGGGCUGGUGUUUUGGAGCCAAGCUGGUGCGGGGUGCAUACAUGGCCCAGGAGCGGGCCCGCGCGGUGGAGAUUGGCUAUGAGGACCCCAUCAACCCCACGUAUGAGGCCACCAACACCAUGUACCACAGGUGCCUCAGCUAUGUCCUGGAGGAGCUGAAGAACAACGCCAGGGCUGAAGUGAUGGUGGCCUCCCACAAUGAGGACACAGUGCGCUUCACGCUGCGCAGGAUGGAGGAGUUGGGCCUGCACCCCGCCGAUCGCCAGGUGUACUUUGGACAGCUGCUGGGCAUGUGUGACCAGAUCAGCUUCCCACUAGGUCAGGCAGGCUUCCCUGUGUACAAGUACGUGCCCUAUGGCCCUGUGAUGGAGGUGCUUCCCUACCUGUCCCGCCGUGCCCUGGAGAACAGCAGUAUCAUGAAGGGUGCCCUGCGGGAGCGGCAGCUGCUAUGGCAAGAGCUCAAGCGGAGGCUGUGCACAGGCAGCCUCUUCAGCCGCCCCGCCUAGUGCCCGUGGGCCGCCACCACCACCACCUGCCACCAGACGGCCUCUCAGGGCCCUCAGGCCUGGGCAGGGUCUGUGCGGUCUGGGUGGCCCCUAGGCCGAGGCUGCUAUAGUCCAGCCUCACACAGAUUCACCUUUUUAUACCCAAGACGAUGAGACUGCUCGAAGUGGGGGCCUCUGUGACCCCUGGCUCCUACCAGGAUGUGGGCACUCAGGUAUAGGCUGAAUCUGAUACCUGCCAGAGCCACUGAGACCAUCAGGACUGCCCUUUGAGUGGGCACUGCCACCAUCUCUGCCCAGCCCAUGACCUUAGACCUGAAGGUCCACCUUCCACCAGGGUCUAACCCACAUACCUAAAGCCCUACAGGUGUCCAGUAGCCAGGAUGAGGAAGGUGGGCUAAUCAAUAAACCACUAUUUCUGCAGAUAAGAACCCUCAAAGCCCUUUCCUGUGGCGCCCUCAGGUGGGGGUCAGCAGCAGAGAGGGAGUGGUUCCAGUGGCCGGAGAAAGCUCACCGGUCUGCCUAGUCCAAAUCACGUGGCCUUGGGGGCCACGCCCACACCUCCCUUCAGGCUGUACCGCAGACCCCACCUUGCAGGGUGCUGGGCAUCCCUACUCCCCAACUCCACAACCCAAGACAACAGCAGGGCUGCUAGGCUCAGACCGACGUAGACAGGAUGCUUCCAGGGACUGGUGUGUGGUGCUUCCCCAACCUCCGUCUCUUCCUCCCUCAAACCCUUCCUGCUGCCCUGUGCCCACGACCUACACCAGGCUUUUGCUGCUCUGGUAGGAACAGGCCCGUGGCUGCUUGCCCCCCACUCUUCAGCUGCCAACCCCAGAGAAGAGACUGGAUGUGGUCCUAGCACCCCAGCGGAAAGGGUGGGGCUGGGCCCACGUCUGCACGAGGAGAGCCCCAGGAAGGGGCCUCUGACAAGGGGGUGGGGGCACCCUCUGCUUGUUCCUGUCACGGAGCUACCAGGGAGGACUCCAGCUGGGUCCUGGUCAUAACAGACAUCACAGAGCUGUCACAAAGCCACUUGCAGGCC